AUGAUAAGUAUUCAAACCGUGCAUAGUACAAAUAAGAUAAAUUUUUUAAUAAAAGGAAAAUUUAUUAAGAAUAAUGAACAAGAAUUACUACUAGCAGCAAAGGAUUGCUAUCUAGAGUUGCUGACAAGCAAUUAUGAAGAAAGCAUAUAUUUACAGAACACCUUUUUAAAAAUAAUAUUUUUGCAAGCUGUCAAAAGUAAAAACUUUGAUCGUUUUAUUGUGGUUGAUGAAAAAUUAAAUGUUCGUAUUUUAGAAUAUGAUAAUGGUUUUAUAGAAUAUUAUUUUAUUGAUAAUUUAUAUGUAGACAAUUUAAAGUUAUAUAAGAAAUAUUUGGAAAGCAAGAAGACAGAAAGUACUUGUUUUGUUAUAGAAGAGGAUUAUCAUAAAUAUAUUAAUAUAUGUAAUAUUAAUGAUAUCUUUUUUAUAUCUAUUGAAAAUAUUUUAUUUAUUAGACAAAUACAUUCAAAUAUAUAUUAUAAUAAUUGUUUAAGUGAUGUAUAUGAUAAGAAUGAUAUAUCCAAAUUUGAAGUAUUAAAAAAUUAUAAUGAAAAAGAUAGAAUUAUUGAAGAUCCUUUUUUUUUUAAAAAUUAUAAAGAUGCUUCUUCUUCACAAUAUGAAGAGAAUAAUGAUACAUAUAAAUUCGAAGUGAAUAGAAUAAACAGAUUUUCUAUAUCUCCUGAUAAGAAGAAAGAAAAAAAAAAAAAAGAAAAAAAAAAUAUAUUCUAUGAGGAACCUAAUAAUAACUUUCAGGAACAAAAUUCAUUUGUAGAAUUCUGUAAAAAUAUAACAUUUAUAACAUAUUUAAAUAAGGAUAAGAAGAAGAAGAAAAAAAAAAAAAAAAAAAAAUAUAUAUAUAUUUAUAAGGAUCAUCAUUAUGACCAUGUAAAAAAUCAUUAUGAUAUAUUAGAAUGUUAUAAUAUGCAUGAUGUGUAUAUAAAUUUAAGAAAUGAGAAAAAUAUGAAUUAUUAUAAUGAGUUUGAUGAUAAUUGUUUGAGCGUAAAAAUCUGUUUCCUUGUAAAUUAUAUUAAAAAUAAUAUAGAUUGUGAUCAUUUCAUAAAAGAUGUUUUAUUUGCUUGUGAAAAGGAAAAAGAGGAAAUGAAGAUAUUAAGAAAUAGAUUGAAUAAAAUGAAGAUAUUUAGAAAAGAGGAAUUAUGUUUAUUAAAGCAAUAUGAUAAAAAGAAAUAUAUACAUAUUGAUAUGUUAAAAAAAUAUUUAAAAAAAUAUAAAACAGAAAAUUUGUAUAGUGAUAAAUACUUCCAUAAUAUAUUAAAUAAUAAUGAUAAUGCUAUCAAAAUGUGUGACAUGUUUAAAUUCAUAAGUAAUUAUUAUUUUAAAAAAUUUUAUUGUGAUAAGUAUGAUUAUAUAUACAUAACAUAUUUUAAAAAUAUAUUUCAAUAUAAUAAGAAAGGUUUUUUAGAUUGUUUUCAAGAAAGGAAUUUACUAUUUUUAUUUCAAAUAUUUAUAAGAAUGAAAUUGUUGUUAUUCUUUUUUAUAUCACUCUUCUAUUCUAGUGCUAGAACAUUAUCUAAUAAUUUUGUAUACAUAAAAAGAGAGUUUAAAAAUUCAGAGAUAUUAUAUGAACUAUCACUUCAUUUAUACUUUUUUAAUAUUUUUGUUUAUCAACUAUUGAAUUUUAUUUUUACACAAAAUGAGGAAUAUACAAAUAAGGAGGAGACAAAAAAUAAAAAACGUAACAUUUUAAGUGAACACUCAAAAAAAAAUGAUUAUAAUAAUUUGAAACAAUUCAAAUGGACAUGUGAUUGUGUUACCUCAAGAAUAGAUGUAAUAAAUAAUAGAAGGAUAGAUGAUAUACCUAGUGAUAAUAUUAUAAUGCAAAAUGAUAUUUAUUUUUUUAUAAAUCAAAAUUUAUGUUAUUUAUUCGAAAAUAUGAGUAAUCCAAAUAAUGAAAAGGAUCGUUCCUAUAAACAUAAUGAGAUAAACGAACAGAAUUAUAUGAACAACAAUAAUAAUAAUAAUAAUAAUAUGAAUGAUAAUCAACACGUUAUUAGAUAUAAUAUGAGUUAUUAUUAUUUAGAACUUUAUAAUAUGAUACAGUAUAUCUUAAAUAUGGUAUCCAUAUCGAUUAAAUUGUUAGAAGACAUUAAUUUUGAUUAUUUAAAAUUUCGUAAAAAAAUAUUGAAGGAUUCAUUUUUAAAAAAGAAAAAAAGAAAAAUAAAAAACAAGAACGAUAUUUUAAUUAUUAUUUCUAAUAAUAAUGGUAGUUCAAAUGUACUAUUUUUAAAAUAUAAAAAUAAAGUUAAUAUGAAAAAUAAAAUGAAUAAGAAAAAAUACAACAUAGUAAAAAAAUAUAACAAAGUCAAAAAAAAUAAACUGCCUGUUGUAUAUGGGUUACAUAAUUUAUUAAUACCUAUAGCUAAAUUAUCUUUAGCACUAGAAAUAUAUAAAUUUGAGAAAAUUACAAAUAAUAUAUUUCUUUUGUUUACAGAAAAAAUUAUAUAUAUCUUUAAUUUUUCAUAUACAUAUGAUAUAAAAUUAAAAUUAUUGAAUUAUUUAAAUUGUUAUAAUAAUGUAUCAUAUUAUAUAAAUACCUUAGCAUUUAAAAAAAUCGUUAAGAUAGACAAUAAAAAAUUGGAUAAAAAAAAAAAUGAACAAAUUAUAUAUAAAGAUGUUGAUUGGUAUAUUAUAUCCAAAAAAAUUUCUAUAUGGAAUAAAAAUGAAUUUAUAAAAAAUUCUUAUGAUAUGAAUAUUGAUAAGAGUGAAGUGAAAAAUAAGAAUAAUAUAUGUGAAUAUAAUUACUACAAUAAUUUUGAAUGUAUUAAACAUUUAAAAAAUAUUCCUUAUGUUGACAGUUUUUAUACAUAUAUGUUUAUUUAUUAUUACAAAUUUAAAAAGUACCAAGACAUAUGUAGAUAUUCAUCAUAUAUAAAUUAUAAAAUUUAUAAUAGCUGGUCCCUUUAUGACAUGACAAAAAAUUAUGAACAGUAUAAAGAUGAAUGUAAAGAGAGAAUAUGCAUAAGUGAUAAAAAAAAUUGUGAUCAAAUGUUUAAUUUUAUAUCAGAUGAUAUAAAAGGUAAAGAAAAAAAUAUAUGUAAUGAUAUAUAUUAUAAAGAGGAUAAAGAUAUUAGCAACAAAGAUGUUAAUUCCUAUUAUGAUAAUUUUUUAAAUAUAAAAAAAAACAAAAAAAAGAAAAAGAAAAAGAAAAAGAAAAAGAAAAACGAUUCUUGUGUUGUAACUCUUAAUAUAAGCAAGGGAUUAUUUGAUGAAUUAUAUCAAAAUAGAAAAUAUCCCUUUCUAAAAGAAAUAAAAGACGCAAGUGAAAAUAAAAAGGUAGGUGAUAAUAAUAAUAUAAAUGAUAAUAAUAAUAAUAAUAAUAAUAUUUGUAACAAUUGUAGUAAUUAUAUUUUUUAUGAUAAUCUUAAAUACCUUCGUGAACUUACCAAGAAAAAAUCAUAUAGCCAUAAAAUAAUUAAUACAUAUAAUUAUAUAAAUAAUGAAAAUAAUAUCAAAAAACAGAAAUAUCAAUAUUUCAGUGAUUAUAAUUUUUCAUUUAAUAAUAAAUCAUAUGAUAAUAAAAACAAUAUUUCUGUUAUAUCAUUAAAUUGUAAGAAAAAAGACAAGAAAAAGAAAGGACAGAGGAUAUUUCAUUUUUUUUCUGUUAUUAAACAAUAUCUAAUUAUAGAUAGAAAUAUAAAUGAUAUAUAUAUAAUUACGUUAAUAUAUGAUUAUCUUAAGAAUAAACUUGUAAUAAAUAAAGAUGGUUUUCAAAAUUUUUAUAGUAUGGAUACAAACAGAUAUAUAGAACAAAUAAUAUCAACAAGUAAUAUAAUAUGUUGUAUAAAUCAAGAGAAUAAAAAAAAAAAAAAAAAAAUUAUAAUGCGAGAAAGGGAUUCAACAAUAAAUAGGUUUAAUAGUAACAAUAAUAAUGAUAAUAAUAAAAUGCAUGUUAAAAAUACAGAUAUUAUUAAUAGGGAGACCAAAUUUUCUUCUUAUAAUUUUAAGAACAAAAAGAAUUGUUUUCAAAAAAAAGAAGAUAUUCAAGUUUAUUAUCUUUUAACCUUACACAAAAAAGAAUGUGAUGAGUUGUACAUGUUAAAAUCAACUACAUUUAUAAAUACGAAUAUAUAUAAUAACAGAUUCAAAUCUAUCCAUUAUAUUAAACAUUUUUAUCGUUUUAAUAAAUUAAAAAGUAUAAAAGAUUAUAAAUAUAAUUGUAAUAUUAUUUCUAGACCUAAUUAUGUAGAUACUGAAAAAAGUAAUACCUCUUUGUUUACUUUGAGAAAUAAAGAAAAGGGGGGAAACAGAAAUGAUUAUUAUAAAGAUGAAUUAUUUGAUAUAAAAAAAAUGAAGAGUAAUAUGUCAUAUAAAUUAAUGAUUCUAGAUAAAGCUAAUUCUAUAUAUAAUUUAAGUGUAGGAUAUAAUAUCUAUUUAAGUGAAAAAAAAAUAUAUAUAUCGAAUAUAGAUAUUUUGAACAGUACAUGUUUUUAUCUUCAUUUUUAUGACAAUGUUAAUAUUCUUUGUUUUUCUUCUUAUUUAAAGACAACGUAUAUGUUAAUUAUGAAUAAACAAAUAUCAAAAUGUUGUGAUAUGUGUAUGAACUCAUUUAAUCAUUUGGACGAAAUAUAUAAAAAGAUGUGUAUACAUAAAAAUAAUGUAAAUAAAAAUGAAGAUAAUUAUGAUAGAAGUAGAUACAUAGAUGAGAAGUCUAUGAUAGAUAAAAAUAAUGAUAUAAGGAAUAACAAUUAUAUAAAUAAUAAUAAUAAUAAUAAUAUGAUGAUGAAGAAGAUAUUUUAUAUUUUAAAUGAUGAAGAUAUUCAAAGAUAUCAUUUAAUAAAAAGCAACAUUUUAUUUAUACACAGUAUAUAUAAUGAAGAUAAUAAUAAUUAUAUAAUUUUAAUUUUAAAUAGAUAUAGUAUGAUUAUAAAUGUGUAUGAUAUUAUAAAUAAUAAUGAUAAUAAUAAUAAUAAUUAUAUUCCAAUAAAAUUAGAUGAUACAUUCGAAAUAACCUUUGAUAACAGUAUAUUAUUUUAUUAUUAUAUAAAACAGUUCCUUGUAUUAUCGAAUAGUAAAAAUAUGGUAUUUUUAUUUUAUAUUGAUAUAAAAUCUAAUCGCUGUUUAUUAUUACAUUAUUUUCAUUGUAAUAAUAUUAUAUAUUCUUUAUAUAUGUUUACAAACUAUGAUAAAAUUUUAAGAAAAGAAAACGGAGGUAUUAAUAUAAACCCUUAUAUAUUAAUAUGUAUUGGUAUGAAGAGAGUAUGUAAGAUAUUUAUAUAUUUUUUAAAUAUGAAUAGUAUAAAUAAUAUGUGUGAUAAUAAAUGUGUAAAUAAUAUUUUUAAUUGUAUUUAUGAUCCUUGUCAAAAAUAUUAUAUAGAAAAAUAUAUUGAAAAUGAUCAAGAUAUAAUAAAACAUCGUGUAUCAUGUUUUAGAAUUUUUAAAAAACAAAAUAAAGAAAAUCAAAAGGAAUCAUUUAUAAUUAAUAACAUGUAUAAAUAUAUAAUUGAUACAUUUAAUAAUGAUAUAAUAAUUACUGCUGUAUGUAAAUUAAAUAAUUUUCUUCUAGUUGGAUGUAAUAAUGGUAGUGUGAAAGUAUAUGAUAUAUUUCAAGAUAUUAAUAAAAAAGGAGCACAUAAUUUUGCAUUGAAUCAUUUAUUUUUGGAUUCAUUUAUUUUAUAUAAAAGUCAGAGAAAUAUAACAAAAAUAUAUGACGAAUUUCUUAUAGGAGACGGAUGUGUGAUUUUUCUUAAGAUUUUUAAAAAUAAAAGAGUUCAUAUAAACUACAAAUAUGACAGCCAUCAUAACAAUAAUAUGUUAUAUGACCAUCAAGCAAAAAAAUAUAAAGAGAAACAAAAAAGAUUAUAUGUUAAAAAAAAUUAUUAUGUUAUAGCAGCAUGUGAAAAUAAAUUCUAUCUUUUUUUAUCCACCAAAAUUAAAGAAAAUAAACAUUCUUACCAGAACAAUAAAAGCAACAACAAUAAUAAUAUUAAUAUUAAUAAUAUUAAUAAUAAUAAUAAUAUUAGUAGUAGUUAUGCUACUAUUGGUAGUGAUUAUUCAAAGAAAAAUGAACAUAUAUUAUUUAAUAAAAUGAAAAAUAAUAUUGAUGAAUUUUUUAAAAAUAUUUUUAAUAUAAAAAAUCAAGAGCAAAUCGAAGAUUUAAAGAAAAACAAAAAGAAAGAAACAGAUGAGGAAAAAGAAGACAAUAUAAAAGAAAAUAAAAUAGAAGAUUACACAGAAAAUCACAUAGAAAAUCACACAGAAAAUCACACAGUAUAUCACACAGAAAAUCACACAGAAAAUCACACAGAAAAUCACAUAGAAAAUCACAUAGAAAAUCACAUAGAAGAAAAGAAAAAAAAAAAAGAAAAAAAAAAAACAAAAAAAGAGGAAGAAAAAAAUGAGGAAGAUUACUUACAUAUUCUGAAUCAUGAAGGUUUUAAGGAAGGACCCAUUAAAAAUAGAAAUAUAUUCCUUAUGCAAUUAAUAUUUACUAAAAGAAAAAGUAAUAAAAAUAAUAAAAGUAAUGAAAUUAAUAAAAAUAAUGAAAAUAAUAAAAUACAUCAUAAUGCACAUAGUAAUAUCCCCUUGGUCCAAUCAUCAACGUGUGAAAAAAUUAAUUAUUUAAAUUUAAAAUGUGAUGAAAAAGAAAAAAUAAAUACGGAUGUAGGAGAAAUAAAUGAGAAACAUAAUUAUAAUAAUAAUAAUGAUAAUCAUAUUAAUUAUGAUUAUAAUGAUGAUUAUAUUAAUUAUGAUUAUAAUGAUAAUCAUAUUAAUUAUGAUUAUAAUGAUGAUUAUUUUUUUGAUAUGCAUAAUAAAGUUUUUAAGGCGCAUCCAAAUAUUAACCCUAGAAACAUGAUUGUAAUAAAAAAUUAUAAUACAGAAGGGAAUAUAAUUUUUGACAUUAUACUAUCUAUAAAUAAUAAUUUAUAUUUUGGUGUUAUUAAAGAAAAAAAAGACAUAUUUAGUUAUAAAAAUGUGAAUACAUUUAAAAAUAUGAAUAUACAAAAAUUUAUUAAAUGUAACUCUUUGAAUGAACCAUUAAAAUAUUAUUUAGAAAAUUCAUUUGUUUAUGAGAAAAAUAAAGAAAAGUAUAAAAACAAAACUUUUUUUAAUAAAUAUGAUAAAGAUAAUAUUGUGGAUAGAAAAAAAUCUUUUCACAACAUGGAUAUAUACUACAACAAUCAAAUGAAACAUUCAAGAGAUAAUACAAUUCUUAGUAAAAAUAUAAAUAAAACAAAAUAUAUAGAAGAUACAAAGAAUCUUUGUAUGAAAAAAAAAUUAGGAUUCUAUUGUAAUAAUAAAAAUAUGUAUCUUAAAAUAAAUCAUAAAAUAAUAAAACCAUAUGACAAUAAUAUCGUUCCACAUAUAUCAGAAAUAAAUUUGAAUAGAAAUUAUAUGAUUCAUGAAUUAUAUAAUAUAUGUAAUUCAAAAGAAAAAGAUGAAAUAAUUAAUUGUGUAGAAAAUAUAUUAGAAGAAAAUGAAAUGAAAUUAGAACAUAUGCAUAAUAAGAUUAAUAAAAAUCUGUGUAAAUUAUAUGAUGAUAGUUUAGAAGAUGAUAAUCAAUCUUUAUUAUAUAUAUAUAAUAUAUUAUUUUUAGAGGAUAAUAAUAUGUUUUCUCAAAAUAAACAUAUUUUAUAUCUAAUACGUAAUCAAUAUAAAAACUAUAAUAAUUAUAUAUAUCCGCUCAUAUUUUUUAAUAUAAUAAAUAAAAAAUAUAACUUGAAAUAUUUCUUUCAAAAUAAUUUGAUAAGAAAUAAUGUAUUUUUUCCAUAUAAUAUAUAUGAUACAAAUUAUCUUUCUAACAUUUCAAAGAAUUUUAUAAUAAAUGUGAAACAAGGGUUGUGUUCAAUUUUUAAACAAUUAAAUUAUAAUAUUAAAGUAAAUGGUCACAGUAUGAUGAUAUUAGAAGAUUAUAUGCAAACUGGUUUAAAUAAUCAUAACAAAGAAAUAAAAGAUAUAGAAGAUAUAGAAGAAAUGGAAGAUAUAGAAGAAAUGGAAGAUAUAGAAGAAAUUGAAGAUAUAAAAGAAAUUGAAGAUAUAGAUGAAAUAAAAAAUGAAAGGGGACAAAAAAAUUGUAAUACAAACAAACAUGCUAUUGAAAAUUCAAAAGAAAUAUUACAUAUUUCUAAUCACAAUAACUUAUGCAUAUUAGUAGAUGACAAUAUAAAAAAUACAAAAAAAAAGAAAAACGUGUUAGCAGAUAAUUCUUGUAGUGUCAAUAAAAAGAAGCAGAAAAAAUCAAAAGAAAGCAACUCCAUCCUUUAUGAGAAGAAUGUUAGUAUUUAUGAUGAUAAUAUGAUUAGAAGACCGGACCAUGAUAUAUAUUAUAAUAACAUCAAUAAUAAUCAUAAUAUGUUUAAUCAUAUACAUCAUUGUUAUAAUGAAAAGGAUAUAAAUGAAUAUAAAACGGAUGUUGCACUGUUUGAUUCAACAAUUUUUAAUGAUAAUAGGAAUAAAAAUAUACAUAUGGAAAAAAAAGAUAUGAACAAAAUUGAAGUAAAUGAACAAAAUAAUGAAAAGAGCUUCUCUUCUUUUUUACAUUAUAUUUCUCUUCUCCUUAAUAAAAAAAAAGAAAUUUCAAACAAACGUAAUGUGUGCCAUUAUAUUUGUGGUAAUGAAGAUUUAAGAUGUAUAUAUGAUAGUGUUACAAAAAAAAUAAAUGGUUUUAACGACGAUAUAAUAUAUAAGGAUAAUUAUAAUACAUAUGAAGAAAAAAAAAACAUAAGUAUUAAAUAUGAUAAACAUGAUAAACAUGAUAAACAUGUUGAAUAUCAUACUACAUCACAACUUAAUAAUAACCAUUUAUAUCAUAAAAAGAGAGGAACUAAUUCAAAUAAUGUCAUAGAUAAAUAUAAACAAGAAGGAGAUGAAUCGAUAAAAUUUUUAAUUAUGCAUUUAAAAGGUAGCAAAUAUAAUUUUAGUAAUGUGACGGAAUAUAUAAAAAUUGUAAACCAAAAAAAAAAUAAUAAUAUUUAUAUAAAUAAUGAUACUUUUAUUUUAAAGAAAAAGAUACCGCAAGAUGAUUUUUAUAAUAAAUACCAUAAGAAUGAAUCUGAUAUCACAAAUAAUAUAUCAUACAUGUGUAAUAUAUAUUUAGAGAGAAAAAAAAAAAGAAUAAAAAUUAAUAAAAAACAUAUUUAUAAGAAAAAAUAUUAUUAUUAUUAUUAUAAAGUUAAAUAUACUAAGGGAAGAAGAAAACGUUUUAAACUUAAUAUAUCAAAAGAUUUAUCAUCUUACAGUUUAAAAAAUAAAGAAAAAAAAGGAAAAAGGAAAAAUAACGAAGCGUAUGGUUGUCUAUUAAUAUUUUUAAAUAAUAUAAGUUAUCAUGUUAAGCAUUUAACGAUUUGUAAAUUAAAAAAAAAAAUUAAUUAUAAACUAAAUUUUUGUUCGGAUGAUAUUUUUUUUAUACUCAAGUUUUCUUAUAAUUAUGUAUAUCUGUUAAAUAUUCAAAAAAAAAAAAAUGUAUCUUUUUGGGUUAAUAUAAAAUAUAUACAUAAAAAUAUGAUGAUCCUCAAAAUGGUAGAUACAAGAAAAUAUAAAAAUAUAAAUAAAAUUAAAUAUAAAAAUAUAAAUAAAAUUAAAUAUAAAAAUAUAUAUAAUAAAAAUAUAUAUAAUAAAAAUAUAUAUACAAAUAACAAAGACAAUAUAUGCUUACAACAUAUACCAGGCAAUGAUGUGAAUGAUAAAUAUGUAUCACAUUUUUCACCUUAUUAUUAUGAACAAAGAAAUGGAAUCAUGAAAGAUAUUUGUUGUAAGACCCCAUGUUGUAGUGUUGAAGAUAAUCAUCAUAUGGUAGUUUUUAAAAACAUCAAGAGAAAAAAUAUGAUGAAGCAUUUUUUUAAAAAUAAGAAUAAUAUAAUUCCUUUAUAUUAUUUAAGCAGAAAUAUGAGAAAUGUUAAAGUGUUUAUGAAUAAGUAUAUUAUAUAUACAGAAGAAAAUAAUGUUAUUAUAUUAAAAAUUAGAUUAUCUAAAGUUCAUAAAAAGAAAAAUAAAAAAGAAUAUAAUAAAAGGAUGAAUUGUAUAAUGAAUGAAUAUUUAAAAGUAUUUAAAUGUGAAAAGAAUAUAAAUGCUCACAAAAAAGAACAAAAAGAUAAUAAUAUAAAAAUGUGUAAUAUAUUUAAGACUCUAUUAAAAAAUCAAAAAAUUGUAAAGAUAAAAAUGAAACAAAAAAAUAAUAUCAGCGAAAAGGAUUAUUUAUUAAGUUUGAUGAAAAGUAAGAAAUCCACUUUAAGAAGGUUAGAAAAUUGCAAUGAGGAAGAACAACAAGAAAUUGAUUCGGAUUAUCAUAAUGAACGAAAUCAACAAAAUGAAGAAGAUGAAGAUAGUGACGACAAUAGUGAUGUUAGUCCAUGUGAAGAAGAAAAUGUAGAUGAUCAUAUAGCUAAUUAUGCACAUACAUAUGAAAGUUAUAGUAUUAUUGAAACCUCUACAUUUUUUUGGAAAGUGUAUCAUCAACCUGAAAAUUUUAAUUAUAUGAAAAAAAAAAAAAAAAAAAAAAAAAAAAAAAAUUACUAUUCAAAAUUGUCAAAGUAUAUUUUUGAAAACCAUUUUAAUUAUAAAGAAAAAGAGUUUUUUUGUAAUUUAAAGUAUGAAGUUGUUGAAUAUUAUAAAUAUGCUGAAAACACCGAAUUUAUUAAUGAUUUACAAGUAUUUGAAAAUAAAAUAUUAAUAAUUACAUCAAAAUAUAUUUCUCUAUAUAUUUAUAUAGAAGAAAAAAAUGAAUUUGUUUUAUUAUGUUGUAAUCUUUUAUCAAAUAUUAAUAAUAAUAUAUGUAUAAAUGACAAAUAUAAUAAAGCAUAUAUUUAUCCAAAUAUGUUUGAUUUUAUUAAAGUAAUAUCUGAGAAAUAUAUUACAUUAUAUCAAAUGAUUAAUAGUAAAAAUUUAAUAUAUAUAGCUAGCUUAAAAUUUAUGAAUAAUAUUAAAUUUAUUUUUGAAAAUAAAUUAUUUUAUAAUAUUAUGGGAUAUAAUUUAAAUAUAAAUAAAAAUGAUAAUAUAUUAGAAAGUGUGAGAAAAUAUCAUAAAUAUUAUGCAAGUUAUUUUAUAGUAGAUAAAAAAUAUAAUAAUAUAUUUAAUAUAUAUUAUACUUGCUUAAAGGAUAAAAAUGAAAAGUUUAAAGAAACCAAAGAAGAAGAAGAACAUCAACAACAACAACAUAAUUUAGAAAAUCAAAAUAAUAAUUAUUUUUAUGAUGAAAAUAGACAUAUAGAAAUAUGUUACGAUUUGAUGUUAUUUUUUCAAUUAUUAAUAAUAGCAAAAGAGAUAAAUAAAAAAAAUUAUUAUAAUAUAAUGAGUAUAAAAAAAUGGAAAUCAUAUUUAAAAAAAUAUAUAUAUAAUAAUAGUGAUGAAAAAAAUAAUAUAUAUGAAAAUCACAACAACAACAAUAAUAAUAAUAAUAAUAAUAUAUAUGUAAAAUAUAUUAAUAUUUUAAAUAUAUUUAUUGAUCGAAUAUUUAUGUCAUUGAAUAAAAAAAUAAUUUUUUUCAAAAAUGUGUAUAAAAAUAAAUCGUUAAAACAAUUUUUGUUAGAAUUAAAAUUUAAAGUAUUUAAUCGAUUAUUAAAAUUAAAUUCAUAUGAAUUCUCAGAUGGAAAAAAUGCCAUAGAUAUAUUAAAUGAUAUAUAUGAACAAAAGUGUAAUAGAAAUAUGUCUUAUUUUUUCCUUAUGAAUAUUAUAAGAGAUUAUUAUGAUACUUUUAAUUGUCAACCUUAUAAUAUCAAAUUUUAUGAGCAACAUAUAAAUAAUGAAAAAAAUAUAUGUAAACAAAAUGAAAGUAAAAAUGAAAAAAAAAAAAAUGUUGAUAAUAUUCAUAACCAUUUCAAUGAAAAUAAUAUAAAUAAUAUGUCUCAUAUUUUCAAAUAUGAAAAAUACAUAACAAACAAUUUUCAUAACAGAAAUAGCCAAUUAAAACAAAAUAAUCUAACUAACAGAUUAAAAACAUUUGAACAUAAUAUCAUACAAAAUAUAAAACGUGUGAAUCAAUAUCGUAUGGAUAAUAUAUAUAAUUAUAAUGAUAUAAUAAAAAAUAAUGUGAGAGACAAUGUUUAUUAUAAUAUUGACUUUUAUCAUUUUAUAGAUAAUAAUUCUUUUAGGAAUAUAAAAAAUUAUAAUAUGAAAUAUAAUAAUAUGAAAUAUAAUAAUAUAAAAUAUCAUAAAAUUAAAUAUAAUAAUAUUAAAUAUAAUCAUAUACCAUAUAAUAACAACUUAUUAUUAUGCAAUUAUAAUCAAUAUAAUAAAAAUAAUAUUAAAAAUUCACUUUAUUUUACAUAUUUACAUUUUCUUAUUUAUAUAACCAAUCAUCCAUAUAUUUUUUUCCAUAUCAAAAAAUAUUUACAUUUUCAUAACUUAUCUACAAAUUUGAUAAAAAAUAAAAUAUAUUAUUUUAAUAUGGAUCUCUUAAAUAUUAUUUUCAAUUUAGAUAACAGAGCUUUAGAAGAAUUAAAAAAUAUUUUAACCUUCUUUCCUUCUAACCCAUCUAUUGACGAAAUAUUUAGAGCAGUUCAUUUGUUGUCCAUGCCCUUUUGUCAUACAUAA